AUGUCAUCCCGAUCGCUCGCAAGAUCGCUCCUCAGGUGCAGCCGCGUGGCAGCCGUCAAACCUGUGGCCGCCAUUCCGUCGUGGCACCGUUCCGUCUCGACCGUCUCGCUGCCGACCUCGAAUCGACAGUGGCCCGGUCGUCGACCUCGGCUGACCGAUCACGUGGCGGCAGGUGUCUAUUCACGACAUGGUCAGUCCUGUUGCCGUUCUAUCUAUGCCGAUGUGACUGACCCUGUUACCUUGCUUUCAUCUGCGUUGCCACACCCGUUCUACGGUGACUCGUGGCUCACGUCAUCAUCGUGCGAAACCCCCUAAUCGUCGCCACCCGCUCUCACCUUCGCUCAUCAUCGCCCAUCGCCCAUCGCCCAUCGCCCAUCGCCCAUCGCCCAUCGCCCAUCGCCCAUCGCCCAUCGCCCAUCGCCCAUCGCCCAUCGCCCAUCGCCCAUCGCCCAUCGCCCAUCGCCCAUCGCCCAUCGCACGCCGCUCAGUCCAACGGAGGUCCAUGUUCAUCCAAACCGAGACGACGCCGAACGUCGACUCGCUCAAGUUCAUCCCUGGUUCCGCCGUGUCGACUUCGGGCACCCACGAGUUUCUCGACGCCGGCUCGGCCUCGUCGUCCCCUCUCGCCGAUCGCCUCUUCCACCUCCCCGGCGUCAAGACCCUUUUCUUUGGACCCGACUUCAUCUCGGUCAACAAACACCCCGACGCGUCUUGGGCUGACGUCAAGCCCGAGGUGUACUCCAUCAUCAUGGAGCACUUCACGUCGGGGACACCGCUCUUCCGAGAUGGUCGCGACGAGUCGGGUCCCGAGGACACCAGGAUCCUUGAUUCCGACUCCGAGGUCGUCGCGAUGAUCAAGGAGCUGCUGGAUACGCGGGUACGACCCGCAAUUCAGGAGGAUGGAGGUGAUAUCGAGUACCGCGGGUUCGACGAAGAAGCGGGCAGGGUCGAGCUGAGUCUCAAGGGAAGUUGCCGAGGAUGCGAUUCGAGUACAGUCACGCUCAAGAACGGCAUCGAGAGGAUGUUGAUGCAUUACGUACCAGGUCAGUUUUGGAUUCGACAACUCAUAUCAUCUUUGACUCUCUACUAAACGUGCUUCUCUUGGGCCGCCCACGCAGAGGUCAAGGAGGUCCUGCAGGUUCUCGGGCCAGAGGAGGAAGUCGCGAUCGACGAGUUUGCCAAAUUUGAACGUGAGUAG